AUGGAGAAUAGCAAUUAUACUGUAACUGAGUUUAUCCUGCUAGGGUUCACCCAGGAUCCUAUGAAGCAGCAGAUCCUCUUUGCACUUUUCCUCAUUGUAUACUCUAUGACAAUGGUGGGGAAUAUCACUUUGAUAGUAUUAAUCUGUACAGACUCCCGGCUGCACACCCCCAUGUAUUUCUUCAUUGGUAACCUGUCUUUUCUGGAUCUCUGGUAUUCCUCUGUUUAUACCCCCAAAAUUAUGAUGACCUGUGUCUCUGAGGACAAGAGCAUCUCCUUUGCUGGAUGCGUGGCUCAGUUCUUCUUCUCAGCUGGACUAGCAUAUAGUGAAUGUUACCUGUUGGCUGCCAUGGCAUAUGACCGUUACAUAGCCAUUUCUAAUCCACUGCUCUAUGCACAGGCCAUGUCUAGAUGGUUAUGUUCAUGUCUGGUUGGCAUUUCCUACAUUGGGGGUUUUGUUAAUGCUGUCAUACUAACUAGCAAUACAUUCACUCUGAACUUCUGUGGGGAAAAUAUCAUUGAUGACUUCUUCUGUGAUGUACCGCCCUUGGUGAAGCUGGCAUGUAAUGUGAAGGACAGUUACCAGGAAGUGCUCUAUUUCCUCUUGGCCUCCAAUGUCAUCACUCCUACUUUACUAAUCCUGGCAUCCUACCUCUUCAUCAUUGCUGCCAUCUUGAGGAUUCGGUCUACCCAGGGCCGACUCAAAGCCUUCUCUACCUGUUCCUCUCACUUGAUUUCAGUUACCUUGUACUAUGGCUCUAUUCUCUACAUUUAUUCUCGCCCAAGUUCCAGCUAUGCCCUGGAGCGGGACAAAAUUGUCUCCACGUUUUACACUGUAGUGUUCCCCAUGUUGAACCCCAUGAUCUACAGCUUGAGGAACAAGGAUGUGAAAGAAGCCCUGAAGAAAUUCUGCAAAAUGACAACUUCCUGA